AUGGGCGUGGACAGGGUUGGUAAAGAAGAAAUUAUAAAAGCCAAUACCGAUAAAAUCAUUACUGGGCGUGAUGAAAUUGACAGAAACCGUGACAGGACAGAUUGGGAUUGCCUGCUUAGGCACGGGGCAAAUCCUGAGUAUUUUUUUGACCUCGAAGUAUACAAAGCAGCUAACAGUGGUCGUCGAUGUGGCCAGUUACGCGUAUGGAGAUUGAGCCCUGAUGCGAUUUACACUAAAAGGGAAGAAGCGAAGCCACUGGGAUUUGCAGUCAACUGGAAAAAAAAGUAA